GAACUCCAAAACCAUCCAUGAAGACGUGCCUCGUACCAGCCUCCUAAGACAAUAGGGAUAAACAAACAAGUUGUGCAGACGUGUGCAGAUGUACCUGCUGCACCUGCUAUUGCCCCGCCACUGUGUGAGACCUGCCCCAACCAGGAAAUCAUUUAAACACCGCGCCACCUUGCCAGGGGGACACCGAGCAGAAAGAGGAUCGUUAUGAAUAUGGGAGAUCGUUGCAGAAACAUGCGUUUACGAGAGUGGUUGAUUGCUCAGAUAGACAGCGGCAGUUAUGCAGGGCUGAGUUGGGAGAACCAAGAAAAAAGCAUGUUUCGGAUUCCAUGGAAACACGCAGCUAAACAAGACUACAACCGCGAUGAGGACGCCGCCCUUUUCAAGGCCUGGGCGGUGUACAAGGGCAAGUUCCGCGAAGGGAAGGACAGGGCUGACCCCUCUACCUGGAAGACACGGCUUCGCUGUGCAAUGAACAAGAGCACCGACUUCCAGGAGGUUCCGGAGCGAAGCCAGCUGGACAUCUCCGAGCCGUACAAGGUGUAUGAGAUCAUGGACGAGGGGGAGAAGAAGACAGACCCACCGGACAGCCCCGUGCCCCCAGCCCAGCCGGUCUAUAACAGCAGCCAGAAGCACACCCCCCAGGGUCCCCAUGCUCUGCAGGCUCAGUUCCCCAUGGAGGUUGAUGGUGAAUGGGAGAAGGUGACUGAGAAGCCCAGUAUGCAGUACCAGGCUGCCGCCCCACUCGAACCUGCAGACAGUAACAGACAUGUGAAGGGAUCGUUUUAUACAUGGACAACACCUGGAACCCAGGCACCUGAGAAAGCCCAGAGCUUCCAGGCAUCACCGCGCCCCUACCCAACACAGCUCCAGAUAUCAGAUUUCCGCAUGAAUGUGUGCCUGUACUACCAGGGCACGCUGGUAGAGAACUUCACGACCAGCACGAUGGAUGGCUGCCGGAUUCUGCAUGGCUCGGUGCCCAUGGAGAACGAACACAUCUACGGCCCUUCCAGCAUGGAACAGCUACGCUUCCCCUCUCCGGAGAGAGCCGGGGCUGACAAGCGGGUCGUUGAGGCCAUGAGCCGCCUGCUCCCCCACCUGGAGAGGGGUGUCCUGCUGUGGGUGGCCCCAGACGGGGUCUUCCUCAAGCGCCUCUGCCAGGGCCGGGUCUACUGGGCCGGGCCCCUCGCCCCGUUCUGCAACCAGCCCAACAAACUGGAGCGCGAUAAGACCUGCAAACUGCUGGACAUGCAGCUCUUCCUUCAAGAGCUGGAGCUGUACAUGCGAGAAGGUCGUCCGUGUCCCCGCUUCCACAUUGACCUGUGCUUUGGAGAGGAGUUCCCUGACCCGCCACAACACAAGUCCAAGAAACUCAUCACUGCACAAAUCGAGCCCCUGUUUGCCAGAGAGAUGUACAGGAACGCCCAGCGAUUUGGUCCAGGGACCCUGCACAGCCUCCAGGUACCCAAGACCAACACAGACGAUGGGCCCCACAGCAUCGCCAAGUACCUGGUGCAGUGAGUGAUGCUACCAUUCUCCUUGAGCACUGGUCUCAUUGAGAGAGAGAGAGAGAGAGAGAGAGAGAGAGAUUACAACUAAAAGACUCCUCCACCAGCAUUUCAGUACAGCUGAAGAGUCCUGCCUCCAUCUCAACACUACAUCACCUGAGCACAGGACUGGUGAGAGUCCACCGCGCUCUCGCAGACAGAACCCACCACCCACAAGCCGGACAUUGACCUCCUCCCUUCAGAGCAGUCUGCUGAUGUGGAGCUCAAUGUUGUAUAUCUGUACUUUGAAAGACUUUUACUUUUCAUUGAGUGAUAGUCAUUAGGAUGAUAUAUUUUUUAAGGAAGGAUCUAUAUAUUUUUGUAUGUACAGUGGUUUAAAAAGUUUUUACCAAGUAAAUAAUGGGACCCAGGCUGACGAGUGUACCGGUAGAUGGGUAGUACCGUUUCUAACUGGAUAGUCUGCACUCUGGAUUGGGUGGUUAAGUUUGGAUUUCAGUUUGAGUACCGCUCUUGUGCCGAUUUGAAAUUUGGCUUUGCAUUGUAUUAAUAGUAACGGCAGAAACUACAUGAGCAAUAGAUUUGGAGAUGGUUUGAGAAACUGAAAAAUAGUAACAUUCUUACAAACCAACGUCUUAAUGCUCUUAAGAAAACAUAACUGUGAUUGAUUUUUUUACUUGUAUGAAUAUCCUGAAAUGUGAAAUGCAAUCUUUUUCUCUUAUGUACUAAUGAGUUUUCCGAUCCCUGUGAAGAGGCUUUGUGAUUUUAAGUGUUAUCAGAGAUCUUGUGAAUGAGCAGAACGCAUUGCUUUGUGGCUGACCUUAAUUAAAGGCGAUUAUUAUGACUAAUUCAUAUUUUAUUUUACACGAUAAGCUCCAGGAAAUGUAAUUACAUAUGAACUAAAAUAACAGGGUGGUUAUUUACAUGAAUUAUUAAAAAAAAAAAAAAAAAAAAAAAACUUUCAAUAGCUUGCAUGUUGAUUUUUUUUUUUUUUUGUGAACAGAACCAAUUGUCUGCUAUGGGGGAAUGAGGAAGUGGUUUUCAAUUGUAAUCUUGAAAGGAAAUCAAGUGGUGGGCUGCCUUGUUUGCGUUUGGUUAGUGUUGACAAUUAAACAAAGCCAUUGUAAAGAACUUGUCUGCCCCACUGUGGUAGAAAUCUGUCCUUGCACUUCAUUGAAUUGAACAGUAGCUGUUGAGGAUGUGCCCUCUGGUGGUGUAAUUGAGAUAUUGCCGCAUACAUUUAUAUGGCGAGUGGCACAAGAGAUCCUUCACUGUUCUCCAGGAGGAGAGUUCAUGCAGCAGCAACUUACACA